GCCUAGUUUUGUUAUGGUUCCUACCAACAACAACAACAAUAAACAGCUGUUUUCAUUUUCUUGCUGUGUUUAUCAUUUUUUACGUGUUUAGAGCUUUUAUCUCAUUUUCAACCUUUCGAGUCGUCGGAAUGAUAGAUCAACCUUUCGGUACGUAAUAAGUGAACCGAACUUGUAUCCUUUUUGUACCAACCAGGUUCCAAAAAUCCUAUAAAAACCAUGGCCUUACUUCCACCGGAUCCGGUGUUUUGUUUGCGUUCGUCGGAAUCGUGUUCGUACUAUUCGCUUUGCUUUCACACCCCGGAACACUUGUAUGCCGGCACGGACAAAGGAACUGUCCAGCUGUGGGAGUUACAGACCAAUCGUACGUCAUAUCAGCUUAGCGUAGGUUCGAGCCCGAUUCUAUCCCUUACCCAUUCCGACGAUGCCUUGAUCACGCAGGAAAAGGACGGCUCGGUAAAGCUGUGGACGCUUGCUGACGCCGAAUACCUGCUGCGCCACGAAAUCUCCACCGAGCACGUUGGAUUCUGCCGUCUGGCACACGACGCACAAUCGAGUACUGUGAUAAUACCCCGCGAUCGGGCAGCCAUCAGUGUGCUGUGCGCUAAAACGUUCAGCGAAACGAUGCGCUUCUCUCCGACGGCUGACGAUGAAAAGGCGCUCCCGUACGGCACCGUCAUGUGCUUCCAGCCGAUCGAAAUCCAGAACCAGCGCUAUCUGCUUGCCGGGUACGAGUCGGGAGCGCUCGUACUGUGGGACUAUCGUACCGGGCGUCCGGUCGGUUCCACGUCCCACUACAUUACGGAGGAUGCUGACUGUCUACAAACGAUCGAUUACGAUCCCGUUACCAACCGGGGUAUUUGUGGUGGAUCGGCAGACAAACUGUUCGUGUUUUCCAUCGACCGCAAAACGCAGCAGCUGCUUCCGAAGAGUGAAAUCGGAAUCAAGAAUGCCGGUGUGCACCGGGUACGGAUUCGCAAGGAUUUGAAGGUGUUUGCCAGUGCCGGAUGGGAUGGAAGGUUGCGAAUAUUCUCUUGGAAAAGCCUUCGCCCCUUGGCGGUUCUUACCGAGCACAAGGCCGAACUGUUGGAUGUUGCGUACUCGGAAGCAAAGGUCACCAUGUGGAACGCACCGAUAAUGGCUGCCGCCGGAAAAGAUGGACAGAUUUCGCUGUGGGAUUUGUACAAAUGAAAGCCAGCCGAAACCGAACAAAGCAGACGUGACGUGACGCGAAGGAAUACUCCAACUAACACAAACACACACACAUACACACAAACAAACACAUGCGUUUUUUUAUCACACGCUUUAUGAAGCGCUUUUUCUCAUUUUGUUAAAUUGAAAUCAAAUUUCCAAAUGCUUUUGCUUACAUUCAUAUAAUCGGGCUUUGCCGGCAUCGUGAAUCGCAAAUGUUUACUUAUGCAAUAAUUGAUACGAAUAAAAUUCUAUACAAUAUGCCAGAACACGUA